AUGGCCGCCCCCAGGCGGUUUCCGACGCUCGUUCAGCUGGAGCAGCGAGAAGGGACGCUCUUCGAGGUGCUCGGUAACCUCACCAAGCGGCCCUACUGGUUUCACUCCGAGUACCUGAAGAGUCCGAGGGCAAUUCACCUGGAGGCCUGGCUGGUGGAAGCCAUCUUCGGCCUGGGCGGAGAGCACAUCCCGCAUGUCGAGUGUGUGUCGCAGACCCUGCUUCACGUUAAUCAGUGGGACCCAGACGGCGAGGCUGAGAUCUUGAUAUUUGGACGGCCUUACUACCAGAAGGAUGUAUACAAGAUGAUCAUGAACCUGGCUGACUAUCACCGCCAACUCCGGGCGCAGAGGACGGGGCCGGGGACAAUGAAAGGCUCUGAGAAGCCUCCUGCCCGGGAGGCCGGGACCCAGCGGUCCCCCUGCGCCGUCCGGCAGGCGGCCACCCAGCGGUCCCCCGGCGCGGCCCGGGAGGCGGCCACCCAGCGGUCCCCCGGCGCGGCCCGGGAGGCGGCCACCCAGCGGUCCCCCGGCGCGGCCCGGGAGGCGGCCACCCAGCGGUCCCCCGGCGCGGCCCGGGAGGCGGCCACCCAGAGCUUCCCCGAAGCUAUCCAGGGUCCGGUUACCAGAUUCUGA